AUAAAAGAGCUGAUUAAAUUCAAUUACUAAUUAAAAAUGACGUCUGAAUUUGAAAUUGUAGUUGGAACUUACGAGCAAUUCAUUUUAGGAUAUAAAAUUGAAAAAACACAAGAGUCAAAAUGUGUUAUCAAACAAACCUUUGCAACAAAAUCCCACACUGGUUCAAUCCGUGCUGUUGCAUGCUGUGAAAGGUUCUUGGCUUCUGCUGGAUCCGAUGAUAGGAUAUUUAUUUAUGACAUGAAUACAAGAAAAGAAGUUCAAAUGCUUAUUCAUCAUUCUGGUACUGUCAACACCAUUGCCUUUACUCCAAAAGCCUCACAUAUUUUGAGUGGCGGUGCUGAUGGUGCUUUAGCUAUUGUCCGCACUGGAAACUGGCAAACAGAAAAAUUAUGGGGUAGUGCACAUAAAAAAUCAGCCGUUAAUCAUGUUGCUGUACAUCCAAGUGGAAAGCUUGCUCUGUCAAUUGGUGCAGAUCAUGUUUUACGGACAUGGAAUUUAGUUAAAGGAAGACAUGCUUAUGCAACUAACUUAUCCAGUCGUGGGCCUCAUGGUCUUCUUUUAGAUUCAAUUCAUUGGUCUAAAGAUGGUUCCCAUUUCACCUUAGCUGGUUCAAGAAAACUUGAUAUCUGGAGCAUAGAACACGCUGCAGUGAUUGACAGUCAAGAAUUAGACUCAAAAAUGACUAGUUGUUAUUGGAUUACUGAAACUAAAUUAGUUUGUGGAUUGGAAGAUGGUAAUAUAUUAAUAUAUGAUACAAAGAAUAAAUCGAAGCAUAUUGAAAAAGGACACAGCUGCAGAAUUAAAUGUGUUGCUGGUAUAAAUAUGUAUAUUGUAACAUGUGAUAGCUCGGGUGUUAUAAAACUUUGGAUUAAUGAUGAUAAUGAUGAUAUUCAAGAAAUGUGUUCAACCAAUGCUUCCUGUAGAAUAACAUGUAUUACUUUGGUUGAUAACAGAUGCUUAAAAAAAGAGGAAGUAGAAAAUAAGGGAGAAUUGAAUGUGUUACAAAAUGAACAAAGUAGUGACAAUGAGUCUUUAAAUAUGGAAAAUGAAAAUAAACCAAAAAAUCUUAAGAAACGAGGGCAGGUUGUUGUUAUUGAGGAAGAAAUAAAUGAAGUUAAAAUAUCUACUAAUGAAAAUGAAGGUAAAAGAAAGACCAUUGAAAUUGAAGAAAAGGCUGUACCACAUAAAAAACAGAAAAAGAAGAAAUGCGAUUCAACUAUAAGAGAUGAAGCUGAACAAGAAUUUGAGCACGAGUCCAAAUUAUCUGAAAAUUUGGAUUCAGACAUAGAUCAGUCAAGUGAGAAGGUUACAAAGAAACAGAAAAAAAAGAAAUCUAAAAAUGAAAAGAAUGCUAAAAUAGAUACAGAAUCUAGUAUAUCAAAAGAAAAUACUAUAGAAGAUGUUAACGGGAGAAAAAAAUCAAAGAAAGAUCGCAACAUACAAAAACAGUCAUUUGAAAGCAAAAUAUCACAUAGUACGAAUGUUGAGGAACAUAAAAUUUGCCUAUUAAAGUGA